AUGACGAAUUUGAGAGCAGAGAAGUUGAAGAAGGAUGCAUGCUCGAGUUGUAAAUCUACUAUUCAAAAACGCCCAAAAAGAAAGAAAAAAGUUGGAUCUGCCAUUGCACGACCAUCACUACCAAAGAUACAGAUUUUCAAUUGUCAAAAGGAAGUCUGCAUUGCACAAGAAGAUCGUAUCAGUCAGUUACCUGAUGAAAUUCUGGUAUAUAUAUUGUCUUUCUUUACUGUUAAGGAAGCUGCAGAUACAAGUCUCCUCUCAAGGCGUUGGCUAAACUUAUGGACAUAUAUUGAUCACCUUGAUUUUGAUGCUACAAAAUACUUGGAUCAAGUGUUCGUGCAACCCAAGCUACAAAAAGGGCAUAUGGACAAGUAUCUGACAUGGGUCAACUCUGCUUUGCAAAAGUUUAAAGGCCAGAGACUUGACCAAUUUCGUGUUUACUUUGAUUUAAACAAAUUUGCUCAGCACGACAUUGACAAAUGGCUUGAACUUGCCUUUUCUAAGAAAGUUCAAAGACUAGAGUUAGACUUAUUAAGGUGUGGAUCAUUCACUCGUAAUUUUGAUUCCUGUUAUACUUUUCCGAAGCGGCUCCUUGGUCUUGGAGAUUCUUCUUCAUGCUCUAAUAACCUCCAAAUACUCUCACUUAUCAACCAGAAUUUCAAGUCUCUAAAAGUGCUUAUAUUGAAAUCUGUAAAUGUGACGGGCCAAGUUCUUGAGUUCUUUCUACGCAAUUGUCCAUUUCUUGAAAGAAUGCAAGUUCAUGGAUCAGGAACAUUGAAAAAUUUGGAAGUUGUUGGUCCGUCCCUCAAGUUGAGACACUUGGAGAUAUAUAGCUGCUUCAAUGUAAAAUCACUUAAAAUUUGUGAUACAAAUCUUAUAUCAUUAAGGACUUCAGCAGGAAAAGUAUUACUGCUUAAGAAAGUCCCGAUGCUGGUGAUGUCAAUCCCCUUCGAGGCAAAGAAAGAGUGUAAGAAAGCAGCCAUAAAAUGCCCACUCCAUCACCUCAAAGUGGUCAAAUUUUCGGGGUUUUAUACAGGCUUAUUUCAACUUGAACUCGUUAGGUACUUUUUGGAAAAUGGUGUUGCUCUUGAGAAAAUCAUUAUUGAUCCAGGUACUCCAUUUUUUUAUCGUAUCCCUCCGUGCCCUAGCGAAAUCAAACACACGCAAGCUUCGAGAAAUCUUGCUAAGCUCCAGCUUGAAUGUGAAGUGCCUCCGGCUAUUAAGUUGGUCAUACUUUAA